UACUGAAAGCUCGGCGGGAGAAAUGAAGUUCCUCUCUCCAACCACCACCACCACCACCUUCAACGGAGCAUGCACCAUUACUUUUCAAUCACUGAAUACCCGGACGACCCAUGACAUCCACCUCUUCCCCUUGGUAAUCAAAGUACCCACCUUAUCAAACAACAACAAGAGAAAUGGUUGCAGAUUCACUUCGCCUAAGAACCCUCUUACUUACGCAACUCUGUCCUCUUCUUUUUCUUCUGUACCUACAACAACAAUUGCAGCAGCAGCAGCAACUUCGGAUUUUCUGUCAUUGUCUUCUGCCACAGGUGACCAACACCACUGGAUGGUUCUCAUGGAGAAACCUCCAGAUGGGCUACGCUCCAAAUCGGAAAUCAUCGAUUACUAUGUUAAAACCCUAGCUAAGCUUUCGGGAAGCGAGAAGGAAGCUCAGAUGUGUAUUUACGAUGCGUCUUGGCAGACCAAUUUUGGCUUCUGCUGCGAUAUUGAUGAAGAGACUUCUCGUCAGCUCGCUAGUCUACCAGAAGUUCUAUUCAUUAGGCCAGACCCAGAUAUUAACUCUUUAAAAAAAGACUACAGGUUCUCAGACCUUCAGUUGGGUCGCCUAUCUAGUUCAAAAGGUGGAACUUCUCUUUUGUUUCCUGAGGGGAAUUCCAAGUACUGGCUUGUUCGCAUGGAGAAACCAGCCGUUGAAGUUGUUACGAAGGCCCAAAUGGUAGAUUAUUAUGUUCAAAUACUGACAAAAGUUCUGGGGUAUGAGAAGGAUGCUCAAAUGUGUAUAUAUCAUAUUUCUUGGAAAAAUAGUUUUGGAUUCUGUUGUGUACUCAAUGAAGAGUGUGCUCAGGAACUAGCUGGUGUUCCCGGUGUUUCAUCUGUUUUGCCUGAUGUAAAUUUUGGGUCAGAGAACAAGGAUUAUGGAGGUAAUGAAAAACCAAAGGAGUCAACUACUACGUCAGACUCUUCAGAUGCCAAUCAGAUACCCAGUAUAAAAACGAAAAGGCUUUUUGUUACUGGCCUUUCCUUUUAUACAUCAGAGAAGACGUUGCGUGCAGCAUUUGAAAGCUUUGGUGAGCUUGUGGAAGUUAAAAUUAUAAUGGAUAAGAUAUCUAAAAGGUCCAAGGGUUAUGCAUUCAUUGAAUAUACCACAGAAGAAGCUGCAGGUGCUGCAUUAAAAGAGAUGAAUGGAAAGAUCAUUAAUGGUUGGAUGAUUGUUGUUGAUGUUGCCAAGAUAAACCCACCAAAAUACAGCAGAGGUCAACCAAAACCAACCAUCUGAUUUAGGGUGGGAGUAAAUCUUCUAUCAACUCCGCUUGCAUUUGAUUAGCAGAUUUGAAGAAAGUGAGAUGAAGUUUGGGAGAAUGUGAAGAUUCCCUGGUCCGAGUCCGAAUGUGAAUCCUGGAUGCUAGUGUAUUUCUUUGUAACCUUACAGACACUAUUUUGCUGCCUCCGCCUGCCUUGGACAGUUUUUCAAGAAAAACAGCAUGAGAGGUGAGGUGAGAAA